GUACGAAAUGCCGAUUUUACCGUGCGCUGCGCCGGUACAUUCGCCACCGCUCGAUACCGCAUGCGUCUCUCAGUGGCGCUACAGCGACCAUUUCGAACGCCACUCCGGCAGCCUACUCGCGUAACUCCGUUAAUUAGGGACACACGUCCAAAUAAUUCCGAAUAUCUUCUCCUCACCAAUCUCGCUUCAUUCGUACGAGAUUCUUGAGUUGUGUACUUACUUUCCGAUCCGAAAUAAAAAUGAACGCGCAAUACUCGAGUCAAAAUCUUCACCGGCUUUUCAGAUUACGCAUGACGUGAGAGUAUACAACAGUUUUCAUCGGUCGAAAUGAUACUAAAAAUCGUUCUUAUCCACUAAAAUGCAUGUUUUAAUCGUUGUUCCUUUUUUUACGCCGAGUUUACCCAAAAAUAAUCUCAGAGUCGUUGCGGAGUAUAGUGAAACAAUUAGCUCUUGACUCCAGUGGUGCGGUCGAGUUUUAUUCAGUACUCUUCCUCCGAGGCCGCUUGAGGUCGGUAGAUAACCAACGUGGGGAUUGUGUUUUCAUUUGUUUUGAUUCGUAUUGAAGUGUUUUUUCGCGAAAAGUGCUUGAAUCCUUCGAAAUUCCACGGGAGUGUAGUUAUGUGCAGUGAUUUUACCGGUGUUUAUUACGUGAGUGAUUCGGUGAGCUGCCUCGAACAUGACGACGAGAGUGCAGUCAAGCAAAACAAUAUUCCGUUCAGAGUCCUGACUGUCACAGCAUGAGACAGGGACGUGGAGGCCAGAGAAGCAAAAAAUGCUGUAGCCGCCGCGCUCCACCCAUCACGCUGCCAGCCACACUGGAGGACCCUGCAGCCUCGUGGAAGGGGCCCCCCCCUGAGUCGCAGGGUUUUACCCCGAACUCGGGACAAAACUUUUCGGGGCCACCUUCGGGCUAUCAGGGUCCAUCUCCUUUUCCCGGUCAACAGACCGGGGCCGGUUCGCCAGCCGGGGGCCCCAACUACCAGGGUCCCCCCACCGGUUCGACUACCCCGCAAUACACGGCCUCUCCCGCUCCCUCGGGCUCGUCGACGCCUGGUCCCACCCAACCGCAGGGUUUCCCUCCUCCCUCGAAUUCGGCCGGACCCCCGUUCAAUGGCCCGGGCCCUUUCGGAUCCCCGUCAAGUGGCGGGCCGCAGUUCGUCGGGAGGCCCAGUUCGUCGGGGCCGCAGUUUGUCGGUGGACCGGGUAGUGGUGGCAACCCGCAUUACUCAUCACCGGGACAACCUUUCCCGGGACACCAGUUUGGAUUACCUCCAGGCUCACCGUUCAGUCAUGGUCCUAUGCCGGGUCCGAUGCAACCGCAUGGGAUGAUGCCCGGCUCAAACCCUGUCGACAGGAUAGAUCAAGGGAGACAUACUCCAUACUUUGGGCAACCUGAUUACCGUGUAUUUGAGCUUAAUAAAAGGCUGCAACAAAGAACGGAGAGUGAUAAUUUAUGGUGGGACUCAUUUGUAACUGAAUUUUUUGAGGAUGAUGCAACUCUUACCCUAGCUUUUUGUUUAGAAGACGGACCCAAAAGAUAUUCUAUUGGAAGGACGUUAAUUCCUAGGUAUUUUAGAAGCAUCUUUGAAGGAGGUGUAACUGAAUUGUAUUAUAAUUUAAAGCAUCCUAAAGAAUCUUUUCAUAAUACAAGUAUUACGCUUGACUGUGAUCAAUGUACAAUGGUGACGCACCAUGGGAAACCUAUGUUUACUAAGGUUUGUACGGAAGGAAGGUUAAUAUUAGAUUUUACAUUUGACGACAUGAUGCGAAUCAAAUCGUGGCAUCUCUCCGUCAGAGCACAUAAAGAACUAGUUCCGAAAACUGUAGUAGGUCUCCAUUCGCAACAGGAUCCAAAUAUGCUGGAUCAACUGAGCAAAAACAUUACUCGUAUGGGUAUAACUAAUUCUACGCUCAACUACCUCAGGCUAUGUGUGAUAUUGGAACCAAUGCAAGAGCUGAUGUCAAGGCAUAAAGCGUACGCAUUAUCUCCAAGAGAUUGUCUGAAAACGACGCUUUUUCAAAAGUGGCAGCGCAUGGUGGCUCCGCCUGGUAAGCGAGAAUCACAAAGGCCGGCAAGUAAAAGGCGGAAACGAAAAGGCUCACAGUCAGGAGGUGCAGCUAAUAACACUCCACCUGUUCCUAAUAAAAAACGUUCUCCGGGUCCUAAUUUUUCUCUGGCGUCCCAGGAUGUCAUGGUGGUGGGGGAGCCGUCACUGAUGGGCGGGGAGUUCGGUGAGGAAGAUGAGCGCAUGAUCACUCGAUUAGAGAAUACGCAGUACGACGCUGCAAAUUCACUGGAGCAUGAUGCGCCGCAUGGUUUUCCUGACCCGCCCAACUCAUGGACGGACCGGCCGUCGACACAAGGCAACACGCCCUCAAGUCAAGACUCAGACAAGAAGUCGCCCGCCGUGAGCCAGUGAUAUCCUUUUAGUGUCCAUAUACUGUUUCAAAUUUCAAAUUUAUUUUGUUUUCAUUUGCUAGUGAAUUUCCUUUCAGUGCAGUUUGUAGCGCUGUGUGGUCUCAAGAUCAGUUUCUUCGUCUCUGAACAACUUGUGCUAUUAAUGUAUCAGUUCUAUUCUCUCCAAGAUCAGUACCAAUUCUCAUCAUGUCAACGCAAGUUGUGCAAUUUUUAACCUAAUUCUCUGUUGCUGAAAAGAAUAGUGUAAGGUGUUCUGUAGCGUUUCUAAAUCAUUUGCAUGUCAAUUGAACAGCAGUGAAUUAAUUGCAUAUAGGUGCAAAAUUUUGCUGCAGGAUUAGAAGUUAUCUUCCUCAAAAGCACAGCAUGGUCUCAAAUCUCAACAGUACAAAAUUGAUGGGUAUCCUUGUUAGGUUAUAUAGUUAUUUAGACCUCUAACUUCUAAUUGCAGCAAAAUUUUACUAUAUUUCUACACAGACAAUUUUAGCAGCAGAGCAUUAGACUAAGUAGCUGAUUUUAUUAUUGUUGAAAAUUUCUAAUGAAAAUUAUUCUAUCAUCUCUUUUUUGGUUUAUGUUUAAUUGAUAGUUUAUCACCUCUUCAAAGGUUUUUUUUUUUUUUUUAAUCAUUGGAAUGUAUUCAGGUGAGAAUCGCUCUAAUUUGAUUACGGAAGUAUUUUUUCUGUGCAUUGAGUCAUUAUCUUUCAUAUUAUCACCGAUUUUUCUCAUAUUCCUGUCUUGGAAUUUUUACAUUAUUAGAAGUUGUAAAUUCCCACUAUAGGAAAAUUGUGAACCACCGUAUCAAAUUGUUUACAUUCAACUAAUGGUUGUAGCCUAGUUGCUGAGACCUACCACCCAAAUAUUCAAGAGAAAAUGUCAUUGUUUUUCAAUUUCAUCCAGCCAAAAAUUACUUUGUAAUAAAACUGUUUCUUGGUGAAAUGGUGAAACGGUUUUUUAGUUUUUGACUUAUUUCUGUAAAUCGGAAUAAAAUUACUAUUCAGAUAUGAUGAAACAUGUUACAUCUGUGUACAGAUACGUGUCUGUAAGCAUCAUUUUUAAUUAUCUGAAUUUUCUUACUACUUUCUUCCUGCUAUUCGGUUCAUGUAAGCACGAUUUUCCCUUAUUAUUUUCACUGCUGCUGUAACUGAGCUCUAAUACUAAAGAUUUUUACUUCAAAUCAGUAUGUCUCUUUCUUCAAUGUAUCAAAUCAAUGAAAUUCUAAAAGUUGAUUCAGUUUUAAUUUCUAUGUCUUCUAAGUUAGAAACCCUAAAUUUCAGCCAAGAUGUAGAUGAUUUUUGGGUUGCUUUCUCAAAUCAGUUUUGGACCAAAGUUCACAUUUACGUUUUUAAAACAAUUUUUUUCUCUCUCCAUGAAUCCCAUGGCAAUCAUUUUGUAACCGUUAUUUUCUUGUCAAUCUCUUUUUACACAGAGACUGGUUUAUUUUUUAUUUUGAAGAAUUUUAUUAUUUCUGUUAUCCUCUUUAGCUAACGAUGGACCGCAACUUAGAAUCAUAGAUUUUUAAUUUUUCUUGAUAAGUUGUUUCUUUUCCAUUCCCCUUACAGUUUGCUCACUGUUAAUCGAAUUUUAUCACAGAUUUGGCUCUGUAAGUACAUUCAGAUCUUGCAUCGCUCUUUUUUCCUUUUUUAACUCCUUUUACCCCUCCCAAGAUGGAUGCAGUGCAAACUUGGCCUCUGCCUUUCUUAAUCAUAUAAUCUCCGAUGGCUCUUAUUAUUUCUAUUGACUUUAUAGUAAUAUUUUCAUCACACAAUGUGCUAAAUAUGGAACAUUCUUUAAUUCUGAGUUUCAUCAUAUCCUUAUCUGGAGUGGAAAAAUGAUUUGCCUGCAUCCAUGAGGACUGUCUCAAUUAAGUUGGCAAAAAUGCAUGAUAACUUUUGAUAGAAUAAACUAUCUUAUUUAUAUUAUGGAAUCAUUAAUGCAAUGUGCAAUUUCAAUUAUUCUUUUUUAGAUUUUUUUUUUCCUGCUAAAACCAACCAGUUCAUCUUAAUUUUAACAUGGAUCUGUUAUGCUCUAAAUUUCUAUUUUGAAUCUAUUUAAUCUCAUCUCAGUUUAUCAACAAAAACUCGACCAAAUCUUAGCCAAACUUCAAAAAGUUUUUCAUAUUAUCUCGACUUCAAGUUGAUCCUUUUUCUACUGUGGUUGUCGUUGAAACGGCAAAGCAAAAAAAUUACAUAUUAACGAGGAACUGUAUUUUUGUGGCACAAUUUUUUAGCAACUGAAUUAUCAAUUGUAAUUACUACGCUGUACGAAUAUUGUGUCUUGUAUAUACUUGUACAGAUUACCAAAAUUUAAAUAAGUAGCAAUUCUGUAAAUCACCUCUUGACUUUAUUUUUUGUUUCUUGAUCUUUUUAUCUGUAUCUUCUUUUCUCUGGGAUCCAAUUUUUGAUAUUCAGCAAGCUCCAAAUUAGUUGAAUAUUUUUUUAAUCUUAGAUAAUUAAUGUGCUAUAAGUUCUUGUAAACUGUUUGAACUCUUCCCAUAGAAAACCUCAGUAGAUGUACCAGCAAGUACCAGUUUUUUGGGGGUUUUGAGCGACUGGAGUAAUUCUUGUAAAGCUAUCGUUCCUUGUGUUGCAUGAAUUGUUGAAGGACCAAACACACAUACCGCUAGGAGGUGUCCCAUUAUGAACACAAUUAACACAGCUGCCUGUCGGAAGGGUUUCACUAUCAAUUUAUCUUGCAUUCAAAUAAUUGUGUAACUCAAGUAGCUGCAUUCACUCAUUAAAUCAGAAGUGAAUUCCUGCAGGAGAGUGACAGGUUAUGUGGCGAUGCAUUGUGUAAUGAAUAUGACAAAAGGCCCUGUGAACUCGAUGACUAGGAAAAAAUGUUUCUAUGGGUUUUUUAUUUUCAGUGAAAGUGGUAAGAUAGCUUGCUAAGUAAUUAGUAAAAUCUCCAAGGGCGGUAUUUAUAGUUGUUCCUCAGACAGCCCCUUGCUGUAGGAAGGUCUCAUAUAGUUUAUAUUGUGAUCAAAUGAGAUUUAAGGCAGCCCUGAACAUAGUAUCAUUACAAUGACAAUUUUUGUUGACCUAUGGUAAUUUUUAACAGUGCAACUCCAAAAAUGGAUCAUCAGGAGGGGUUUAAUAAAGUAAUUUGUCCUAGUUAAAAGUACAAAAUCUGAAAUAAAAAUUCCAUGAUUUCAACAAACUUAAAGGUAGGUGCACACUCACCUUAGAAUCUACCACUCUUGCAAUAUAUUUUCUUUUGUAUUGGCAAAUCAUUAUAAUCCCCUGAGUGGAUUCAUCUUUUGAGUUAUACUCCUGAAUUUUACUUCAGGUUCGUAAAAAUUGUCAUUUUUGUAAUGGAAUGUUCAAGGCUUCCACGAGCCAUCCUUAGCGGCUUGAUGUCUCCCUAUGCAAAGGAGCUGUUUAAGAAACAAAUGACUACAAACGUAUGAAGACGGCCAUCAGAACUGGUAGCAUUAAAAAUCCAUCGAAGAAAGUGAGGGAUGAUUUUGUUGAAGGUGGUUUUUCUUUUCUUCCCAGAAAUGGUGCCUUCUAAUGCUUUCAGCUCACUUUGCUUCCUCAGGCCUGAAGAGUCCAUCGUAACCUUGGGCAUAUGUUUGAAGAGAAAAAAAACAUUUCAUCAUCACAUCAAAGAUUUUGAUUGGUCUAUUCAAACAAUUCGUGCAACAUGGUUUGCGAGCUGUAAAUGGUUGAUUUAGGUAUUUCUUUAAUAUUUUAACUCAUCCCUGUAUUCUUUUCUUCCUCCUCUAAAGUUUUGAAUCAUUAUCUCUCAUUUUAAAUUCAAUAUUUUGAGUGUAAUCCGUUUGCUCUCUUAACAGUUGCAAAACUGUCGAUAAUUUUUUUUCCGACAAUGAAAAGCUUGCCUUUUGUAGAUAUUCUCUGCUUACCAUGGAGCUGCUCGCAAUUAUUCUAGGUUUUAUUGUCCACCACGGCAUGCUUCACAUGGAAUGAAGUCAGAGAAAUUUUUUUAUCAGACAUUCAGUAAAACAUGGAAAUGAAGCUUAAUAUUGUCCCCCGAGAAACAGAACCGCCUAAGUAAUAGAAAAAUGUCAUAUGUAUUAUCACAGUAACACACAAGUGGGUGAUGAGUCUUGCGAUUGCUGCUACAGCAGUGCCCUACAGAAUUUUAUUCGUCUAAGAAACAAAUUGGUCCUUAGUCUUUUCCUGUCAAGUGCGCUAUUGUGAAUUUUUCUUAUUACAUGAAAAUUUCUGCCAUGUAGUGUUGUUAUCUAGGCAAUGAUAUGGAAAAAAUAUGAAUGUGCUGUACAUUAUUAAUGGAAAUUUCAUCAUUUUUAUUUGGCAGGUUUCUUAUGUCACAAAUUUAAAAAAUAUCUUAAAAGUAUCUUUCUCGCGGUUCUGUUUUCUAUAAAAUAUGAUUAUCCUCUUUCAGCCUGUAUUAUACUUGUUUGGACCUCUUGUACUACGAACUGAUAUUGUUCUGAAGGGUCCAAGCGCCAAAAUCUUGGUUUUGAGAAAAAUGGAAAAACUGUGCUCUUUGGCGUGCGCUCAAUCCAUUGUGUCCAAAAAAAAAAGUACGUCUAAAAUAUACCUAUUGAACGCCAGCUAAAUUGCACACUUUUUUCCAUUUUUCUUGAAACUUGGAUUUUGGUGCUUGGACUCAAAAGAAAAACGUUGGUUCAAUUUUGUUUAUUGGUAUUUUUACCAAGUAAAUUUUCAAGUUUUAUCCGCAUCCAGAUUUUUAUAUUUCCGUUUUGCAAAUGUGUAGAAGAGUGAACCUAUCCGAUCAUUUUCCCCUCCAAAGGUUACAUUUUAGUGAAAUUUUAGUUUUUGGCUGACUGCGCCAACUUCUAUUAUGAAUAAUUCACCUUUUGUAAUGUAUGUAUCAACCAUUUUUGUAAAUUUUUCUGUAGAGUUAUUUUUAAGGUAGCAUUUAUUAAUUGAACAGGAAAUGAACUUUUUAUUAACGAGAGGACAACAUUUACCUAUGGGGGGAGUCUUACUUUUUCAGCCUCAAUUUUUGAUCUUACUUUUCUACGUCACGUCCAUGAAAAUAUCUUUAUCAUUAUUUAGCGUUUCUUCUAGAGACCAAUUUCACAUUUUAAGUCAAAUUCUAGAGCCUAGUCCUGCAAUCCUCCUCGGACUUAUAACAUUGUGGGAAAACACAGAUAUUUGUUCUUUUCUUGUGGCAAGUGCAGGCCUAAAUAUUAAUCGCUUUUUGGCUAACGUAUACUCUCAAUUAAAAAUUUGUCUCUGCAUUUCGUUGGAUGCUGAAUCGGAUUUUUGGAAUGAUUCUAGCCACUCCUAUUUCACAUGUUAUGUCGUAAUGUGUAACAGAGACCAUUUCUCAUCAUAAUGUUCAGAAUGAAAACAUCAUAUCAAAUGCUCAAUGAUUCACAAAGCGGGAAAUUCGGAAAUCAACUCCUUGAUGAGAUAUUAUCAAGUAUUUUACCACAGAUUAAAUGUAAAUUAGAUUAUACCAAUAUCAUCAUUUGUAUUUUUGCCAUUCAACCAAUGUCAGUUAUAAAUACUUAAAUCUUGCUUACGAGUUGAUUUCCAUACCUCCCAUUGUGUGAUUCAUUUUCCCCGUGAAAUUUAAAGUGAAAACAAGUUGUGUAUCGCAGUAACUCAUCCCUUAUCAUGGGGCCUAUUCUGAGUGGAAACAAUUUUCCUGUGUUUGAUUCUGUUGAGCAUAAGAUACACUGACAAAUUCUAGGAAAUUUCUUAAAAGUCCACUUUUUUGUCUUGGAUGCCAUGUAUAUUAAAGUGAGAGCAACGAAAUUAAGUAGGUGCAGUGGCAAUUCUAGCAAAUUGGUAGCACUUUUAAUCUCCCUUCAUUUAAAUUCGUUGUAAACGAGUGAUUUUAGUGGAGGCAGCCUGCUGCAAUAGCUAUCAGUCAUUAUUCGCUCCACUCAAUGAAGGAAACCCAAUCUUACCAAUCUUCAAAAAUUUCAACUGGGUGAGUGGGGAAAAAGUUUCAAAAGCACGAAUGGCAGCUUUACAGUAUUCAGAGAAGAUAGGAGUAAACCAUUCUCUUUUUUACGUUUCGAUUAUUUGAGCAUGAUUUUCAAUUCGUGGUCUCCUCUGUUGCCAUUCCUGCAUUGCACUUUUUUCUGUGGCCUGCAUAAUUGCUUUGCAUUGAAAGAAAAUUGUGUCAUUGAGUCUCAGUUUUUAAUUGUUGAUUGCUAACGCCAGCUAGGAAGUUACUGACCUCUGAAACGCUCCGGCCGAAAUAAAAGUUAAUUGCAUUGUCUCAGAGAGUGCGCCUCUGUUGCUGUAGUCAGGACAUCGCCUCUCAUGUGCAUAUUCGUGAAGAUGCUGCCGUUUUUGCUUGAGUCUAUGGUAGGCAGUUACUUGAUCUCGAUAUCAGUACUCGAUAUGAUUGCAUGGAUAUGACCUCAAACAUUCUCUUUUGCAAAAUCGCUCGUGUUGGUUGUAAUUUUGAUUUGCUAGAAUUUUCAAAGUCUUAUUCAGUGAUAUUGUCUUUUCUUCAAUGAAAUCAUAACUGAUAGACCAGCUUUCUGAAAUUUUAAUUUAGUCGACGGGUGAACGGCUUUGAAAAUUCGAGCAAUCGCCAUAUUCUGGUCAGUGCCUUUGCGCUAGUGAGGUAUCACUCUGAGAGUUUAUCGGGGCAUUUGGCUUUAAAGCCAUAAGCUGCCGUCUGAAGUCAAGGUUGCCAGGUUGUGCAAUGGAAUAUGGAUAUUUUACAUGGGUUGAAAUGGAGAAAAGUGCUGUUUUUCCAGCAUCAUCUGGCAACAAUGUUUGAAGUAUACCCUCUAAAUUUUUCCUGUUGACCGUCAUUUUGUAAUUCAUCUCAAUCAUGUUAUUUGUAAACUUCUCAAUUUCAAUAAAUGUUGUCUUUUGUAUAAUAUUGAA